AUGCCGCGGGAAAGGUUUGUCGCACUGAGCGACGGGAGGCAGCUCCGCCUCUACCAGCGGCAGGAUGGAACCUGGUAUUACAACGACCUUGGGCGCACAAACUUGCGGAGCAACCAGAGGACUUUCUACCGUCAGUCAGCGGCCGGUGGCGGAGGAGGCAAUGGCCAGCCUCGUCAGCAAGCGGCCCCACGUGGCAGAGCUUCACACGCCUCAGCGAGCCAGGCGCGGCGUCAAGGCGCGCGCGUUCCUACAGGGCGGCCCGCCACGUGCCCCUACAACGAAGACGGGCCGGGACACCCUCGGUGCAGAAACUACUCGGCGGCUGGCCGCCUUCUCCGGAGCAGCACGGCCAAGAAACGGUUCCUAGAGGCGGCCGGCUACCUCUACGGCCAGCCGGCUGGCACCCACGUGGACCACGUGAUUCCGCUGUGCCUUGGCGGGGCUGACUGCCCGUGCAACAUGCAGCUUCUCACAGAGGCUCAACACGGCGUCAAGACUCGAGCAGACAUCGCCCAAUGUCGAGCAGAGAACGUGCGUCUCUGA